UCGCAGCCGCUGCGGCGACUCUGGCUCCCGGCGAGAUCCCCGAGCCCCGGCGGCUGGUGCUGGGAGCCCGGAGCCCUGGCUGCAGCCGGGAGAGGGGAAUCUCCAGCCGGGCCCUUCCCGCGGCUCCCCGGGAGCCUCCCCCAGGGCAGAGCCCCCGGCCCGGCCCCUGCCCCGGGGGGCCCCGCUCGGAGGGAAGGCUGAGGAAUCACAUCCACGUUUCACUCCAGAUUGUCCCGUCUUCCAGGGGACAGGGAAGGGAAAUGGCUGUGAUGGAGCCAGCUCAGAUGCCGGUGACCUUCGAGGAGGUGGCUGUGUAUUUCACUGAGGGGCAGGGUGCUCUGCUGGACCCCGCUCAGAGAGCCCUCUACAGGGACGUCAUGCAGGAGAUCUAUGAGACAGUGACCUCACUGGGAUUUCCCAUUUCCAAACCUGACCUGAUCACCCAGCUGGAACGAGGGGAAGAGCCGUGGGUCCCAGAUCUCCAGGCCGACAAGGAAAGGGAGAGCCCGAGAGGCACCCACACAGCAGGUGAUAGGACAGUGAGUGAGAACAAGGAGGAGAUUCAGCAGCAGGAAGGUCCUGGGAAAGUGGAACCGCAGGAGGUGUUUUUGAGAAAGGCUGAAGGGAAUUUCACCAAGUGCUUGGAACAGGGAGAAGCCUGGGGAGAUCGACACAGAUCAGAGAUGCAGCCAGGAGACAAACUGGAUGAAUCCAUUCAACCUGGUGGAGGAUGCAAGGAUCCCAAGGAAACCACAGUCCAGCAGACAAGUCACAAUGAAGAGAAACCCUACAAAUGCCUUGACUGUGGGAAAAGAUUCCGUUUCAGUGGAAACCUUAUUACACAUUGGAGAACCCUCACAGGAGAGAAGUCCUAUGAAUGCUUGGACUGUGGGAAAAGCUUCAGUGAGAAGUCAUUUCUCAUUAUACAGCAGAGACUGCACACAGGAGAGAAACCCUAUAAAUGCCUUGAGUGUGCAAAAGUUUUCAGUGUGCUAUCGGCCCUUAUUAGACAUGAGAGGACCCACACAGGUGAGAAACCCUAUAAAUGCAUGGUCUGUGAGAAAACUUUCGGUCAGAGCUCAGACCUUAUUAAACAUAGGAGAAUCCACACAGGAGAGAGACCUUAUAAAUGCCUUGAGUGUGGGAAAAAUUUCAUUCGCCGUUCACACCUUAUUAAGCAUCAGAGAGUCCACACAGGCGACAGACCAUAUAAAUGCCUCAACUGUGGGAAAAGUUUUGUUGACAGAACAAAACUUACUCGACAUCAGGCAAUUCACACAGGAGAGAGACCCCAUAAAUGCUUGGACUGUGGGAAAAGCUUCAUUCAGAAGUCACAAUUUAUUAUACACCAGAGAGUACACACAGGAGAGAGACCCUUUAUAUGCUGUGAGUGUGGGAAAAGUUUUAUUCAGAAAUCACAGCUUAUUACACAUCAACGAACCCACACAGGAGAGAGACCUUAUAAAUGCCUUGAGUGUGGGAAAAGUUUUAUUCAAAGUUCGUCUCUUAUUCAACAUAGGAGAAUCCACAAAGGAGAGAGACCUUAUAAAUGCCUUGAGUGUGGGAAAAGUUUUAUGGAACGUUCAUCCCUUAUUAAACAUAGGAGAAUCCACACAGGAGAAAGACCCUAUAAAUGCCUCGAGUGUGGGAAAAGUUUUAUGGAAAGUUCAUCCCUUAAUAAACACAGGAGAAUCCACACAGGAGAAAGACCAUGUAAAUGCCUUGAGUGUGGGAAAGAUUUCAUUCGUCGCUCACACCUUAUUAAGCAUCAGAGAACACACAGAGGUGACAAACCUUAUAAAUGCCUCGAUUGUGGGAAAAGUUUAGUUGACAAAACAAACCUUACUAGACAUCAGGCAAUCCACACAGGAGAGAGACCCCAUAAAUGCUUGGACUGUGGGAAAAGCUUCAUUCAGAAGUCACAACUUAUUCUACACCAGAGAGUGCACACAGGAGAGAGACCCUUUAAAUGCCUUGAAUGUGGGAAAAGUUUUAGUGAGAGCUCAAAGCUUACUAGACAUCAGAGAACCCACACAAGAGAGAGAACCUAUGGAUGCCUUGAGUGUGGGAAAAGAUUUAUGCAAAGUUCAUCACUUAUUAAACAUGGACGAAUCCACACGGGAGAAAGACCCUAUAAAUGCCUUGACUGUGGGAAAGGUUUUAUCGCAAGUUCAGCCCUUACUAAACAUAGGAGAAUCCACACAGGAGAAAAACCCUAUAAAUGUCUCGAGUGUGGGAAAGCUUUCAGUCAGCGCUCACAUCUUACUCAACAUGGGAGAACGCACACAGGAGAGAGACCCUACAAAUGCCCUGAGUGUGGGAAAAGUUUCAGUUUCAAAUCAGGCCUUAAUAUGCAUCAGAAAACCCACACAGGAGAGAAAUCCCAUAAAUGCUUGGACUGUGGGAAAACUUUCAGUCAGCGCUCAUACCUUACUAAACACAGGAGAAUCCACACAGGAGAGAGACCUUCUAAAUGCCUUGACUGUGGAAAAAGCUUCAGUAAGAGCUCAGAGCUGACCAAACAUCAGAGAAGCCACAAGGCUGAGAGACCCUAGGAGUAGCUUGACUGCAGGAAAAGAUUCAAUUUGACUUCAUGCUUCAGUGACCCACACAACAGAGAGACCUUGAAUGUUGGGGAAGGUUUAUUUGGUGCUCCCAGAGUAUCAGGCAUCUGCUAAUCCACGCAGGGAAGAAACCUCUGAGAUGUUCUCAGUGUGGAAAAUGCUCCAAGUGGAGCUAACACCAUGCUGGACAUCAGAGAUACCUCCACACAGUCAGGAAAUUAUCUCAUGUCCCUGACUGGGGCCAACCAUGGUGACAAAUCCAUUUUCUCAUUCCCACACACAUCGGGCAUUUGGCUCCCAAGGAUCCAGCUGCCCAUUGCUGGGGUGAAGAUCCAACAGCAGCCGAACAUCAGCUGGUCAGUGACCCUCUGGCUCUGCCUGGUCUAAGCAAACCCCAGGCAGAGGUGGAGAAGCCCCCAACAACCUCUCAUCCCUGCUGCAGCCCUGGCUGCUGAGCUGAUGGGCCACAAGUGGGGGAAGGGAGAGAGAGAAACUCCUCUAGAUGCUCCCUUUGCCUGGCUGAAGUUCCCUAUCUCCAUGGAUGGUGGAUGAACGUGCCCUUGGAGCGAGGCUAGACCCUGGCCCCUCACCCUCUGCCUGAGGCCCAAUACCUUCUGCUCCAGCAGGCCAGAGGGGCCGUGGUGGAGUGUGGGCGGGACCACCUAAAGUGUUUUGGGAGGCGUGGUUUCCCCCAGCCUACUAUACCCGCUGCCCAUACCCUUCUCUGUUCCCUUCCCAGCCGGGAUCCCCCUGCCAUGGAGAUGAGGAGAAGGACACUUGAGCUAGGCCCCACCUUCACUCUAGAUACCUGUGUCCACCCCCCAACUUCCACCAGCCCCUGGGCUGGGCUCCCCCACUUACCUGGAGCUGUUCUCUGCAGGGGGAGUGUCCCUGGGGGCUGGUAACGCCUCCCCUCUCCGAAUCUCCCAGGGCACUGGGCGAUCAACCGUUAAGGGACCAGGGGAUGGGAGAGCACAACGGUAGAGAGGUGCUGCCUCUCAUCACUCUCGCCCUCUGCCCUUCUCCCUGCCCCCUCUGCAUUCAGACAGCACCAUUAGUGGAGACUGAUUUCCACAGGGUCUUUUGUUGGAAGUCUGAAUUUGCCAACUCUGCUACAGCAGCAUCAGCCUCUGAGAGGGAAGCAGCGUUGCCUAGUAGAUAGAGCACUGGCCUGGGGCUCAGGACACCUAAGCUCUGUUCCCAACUCUACCAGCAGCUUGCACGGUGACCUCGGAGAAAUCUGUGCCUUCCAGAGAGGGAAUAAAUGGAGAGUGAUGAUAUCAGCUU